ACCGUACUACUAGCUAGCUAGUAGCGGCACGUGGCACGCUCCAGACGAAAUCUUCAAGAACGAAAACGUGAGGAUGUGAGGAUGUCAAAGCAACCAGGUACGGUAUCAUGUUGUGUGUACAGUCUGUAAUGGAUGAUGGCCCAUGAGAGGGUUACAAACGUCUACCUAUCUGCACUCAUUUCUUCUGCUCUUUCCUCGCGAUGAAUCCAAUCAGAAUCUGGAUUCUGUUGCUGCAGAUAUGGGUUUGCCUCCCUCUUGUUAUUUCCGAGAAUGGAUUGGACAACACUACGGUUGAUGCGACUGCCGCUGCCGACUUGAACAUCACUUGCCCAGAUUACAGAUGGCUUGAUGUGGAACAUCCAACAACCCCCAUUUAUGGAGCACCUGAUGGAUGUCGGUGCUGGGAUGGGCUCGAGGAAAUCAAUUGUGGCUAUUGCCUCAACGAUCUCCCCUGUCAGGAACAUACCCAGAGCCACAUCUGCAGGGAGGGUUUUGAAUUCAAUUCAAAAGACACCUACAAGAGCUACAAAUGCAGGACCAAGUCUUCCUUUGACGCAGUCUUUCCUUAUGGUAAAGGUUCCUUCUAUUUUGACCUGGAGGGGGGGGUUAUCAAUGUGAGCAUUUUCAACACGCGCACUGUGAACAGCUAUCACUUGAUGGACUGCACUCUUUCCGGGUGUGAUUUCGAAGUGGGUGGAACAAAUACAAAGUGCAAAGUAAAUGACUGUUCUUGUACCAAAUCCGGUCAAUGUGCCCGAUGGUUUGAGUCGAUGGUAAGCGGUUUCACAGGACAACCCGCUGAAAUCAUUGUGGAAGAGUCUGUCAAAGUGGCUGCAGAUGAUGCUUUUUUAAGCGAGGCGUUUGGGAAUGCAGACACGAGAGCUGUGUCGUUCGUCGUAGAAGAUGGCUCCUACAGCAUUGAUUUGCUUUGUUCAGCCAGUGCAUGCACGGAAGCUGACCCCAUCUUGGAUGAAGCUGUUUUUGAGUUUCAACCAUUGGAAGACAGUGCAGCCGACGAAACAAAGGACGACCAGACGAAGAAAAAAAACAAUGGCAGCACACUCGAGGGAGACGCGUGGAAGGACAGCGGCAAACUGUCCUUGUUGAUUUUAUGCAUCGUCUUUGCCCUCUUUGUCCUCGUCGGAUCCUUUGCCUUGGUGCCUUUUCUGUGUGGAGGACGACCCUGGAACGGAAUCACUGAAGCGGCUGCUUCUGAGCAAAUGACGUUGACCCCUGGCGUGGGCGAUAGCGACAAACACGUUCUAGAGUUCUUUCAUUUGAGUAAAACGGUGCAGCUUAGAGGAAAAGCAGCCAAGGCAUACGGCAAAGACAAGAAGGUCAUCAUCUCAAACAUCUCCGGCCGCGUGGAGUCGGGAAAUGUGCUUGGCAUCAUGGGGCCUUCUGGCGGUGGGAAGUCCACACUCUUGAACACUCUUGCGGCUGUGGAAACUAGCGGGGGGUCUACGAUUUCGGGGCAGAUAUUGUUGAAUGGGAAUGAAAGAAUGCAAGGAUAUCGCAAAGCUGUGGCGUAUGUGUAUCAGCAUGAUGCCCUCUACGAUACUUUGACGGUCCAAGAAUGCAUUGAGUAUUCAGCUCUCCUGCGCCUUCCCAUCGAAUGGGAAACCAACAAGAAGCAGGCACUUGCGUGGAAGACCAUGGAAGAGCUCAACCUGGUUGACAUUGCUCACAAUCAGAUUGGAUCCAGUGGUCAUGCAUCAGUAUCAGGUGGGGAAAGAAGAAGAGUCGCCAUUGGUAUGGAGCUUGUUGCCAUGCCGAAAGUCAUGUUUCUUGACGAACCUACAUCGGGUCUAGAUUCUUCAGCAGCAAACAACAUAUUGAGUAUUCUAUCUGAGUUGGCUUCCGGGAAUCGCAUUGUCGUCUUGUCCAUCCACCAGCCUUCGAUCCGUUCAUUCAUGCUCAUGGACCAGAUACUGGUGCUUGGAAGCGGAAGAGUCAUGUACGACGGCAAACCUGGGGAUGCCAGAAACUACUUGGAGGGAAGUGGUUUCGCAUGUCCAGAGGAUUUGACUGUUCCUGAUUUCAUGCUGGAUGUUGUGUCCAAUGAGGACAAUCAGGAAGUACUGAAGGGACCCGAGACAACCCAAAGUGAGUACGACAGUCUACGUAUCAGCACUCGCGGCAAACACUCUACAACCGAAGAAGGCUCAGGCCAGCAGUUCGACACUGAUUUGCCGAACGUUUCUGGCGUCCAAAAUACUAGUAUCUUGAACGAAAUCAUCACCCUUUUUUCCAGAACCUCCAAAAACACAUUCAGGAACUCGGAACUGUUUCUGAUGCAGCUAAUAAUCAGCGUCCUUCUUGCUUUCUUUGCGGGCGGCAUAUUCAAUGAUGUUUCAUUGGACCUUGCUGGAUUUCAGAAUCGGUUGGGUGCCUUCUACUUCUCUCUGUCAUUUUUUGGCUUUGCAUCCUUCAGCUCGAUGGACAUCUUCAUUUCUGAACGCUACAUCUUCGAGAGAGAGACUGGGGCCAAGAUGUACACUGCAUUUGCUUAUUUUGUGGCCAAAACAAGCCUGGAUCUGUUCUUUUUACGAGUGAUACCAGUCACAAUUUUCUCAGUGGUCUUCUAUUGGCUGAUGGGACUGGACAAUGCAUUUGAAAAGUUCCUUGUGUUCUGGGCUACAAUGGUGCUGUUCAACUUGUGUGCCGGUAUUAUCAGUAUCAGCAUCAGCAUCGCAGCUCCAACCGUUGGUCAGGCCAAUUUACUUGCAGUUGUAUGGUUUUUGAUCAUGUUGCUGUUCGGCGGCUUUCUUGUGAACAUUGAGUCCAUGGCUGCCUGGUACUCAUGGCUGCGCUUCCUUUCCAUCUAUUACUAUGCUUUUGAGCUCCUGGUUACCAAUGAGUUGACUGGCCUCUUGUUCUCAUUUGAUGCACCGGGCUUCCCUCGACUGCCUGUUCGGGGUGAAGUCUUUGUGGAAACCAUUGCAAUGGACGUGGACAAUCAAACAAGAAACCUUAUUUGUUUGUGUGGCCUUGCAGCAUGGUUCUCCCUUCUUGCGUAUCUGUUGAUGAUGCUUCGUGUGCCCCGAAGUGCUGCUUCCUUCUUCAAAAGGAUGCAAAAGGAAAACGAACGAUUGGCCACAACGGGUAGUCCCGAACGUUCCGAUCACCAGGGCGUUCUCACUGCAGCAGACUGUUGAAUCGGACUGUUUGAUCUUCGUGUGGUGAAGCCAGUGUGGUAGCUUAGCUGAACAGAAUGUAUCACUACCUGUACCGGUAACAUCUUGCGGCAGUAUAGUGUUAGAGCUGUGUUAGCUACAGGCACCUUCAAGAUCAAUACGAGAGACUGUCACUCUUGCAGCUCACUCCGAUGGAUUGGAAGCAUGUGAACGAUGUAGCACUGAAAUCGCCCCUCCCACCGGUACCUACUAUUUUAAAUUUAAAUAGCUGGCGAUGUAGCUAGUACCGUACAAGGGCAUCGGCCUACGGUACCUGGUACGGUUGAUUCCAUGAUAAUGAAGCUUCUGCUCCCUCCUAGCUAGCAUAAAAGGAAGGCACACUAAGCCAACUCGUCGAAGCUGGCUGCUUCGAAGCUCAUUUGUAAUUAGCACGGACUUCAACAGUUAGUUAGUCUAAAACAGUACUACUAGCUAGCAGUUGCAAAACUGUUACGUCAUCGGAUCCCAGUUAACUCCCACGUGUUUACCCAUUCUUUGCCACA